AUGCGUAUGUUCCAUUUCAGUUCAAUGGAGAGCAGGAGCAUACGCGAGUGGCAAAUGGUUUCGAUGAAGUGCGAAGGUGAUUCCGCUGAACUCUAUAAGGUUGAGUACGUAUAUGAGGAUGAGAAUGGGCAAGAAUACACAACGGAACAGAUGCAAGAAGAGGAUGCCAUGGAUCAGCAGGCACCUCCUCCGGAUGAGAUCCAAGAGGUGAUGAUAGUGGAACGCCCGCUUGAUGAACUGACAGUGAACGGGCGGCUUACCAGCCUUGCCCACGAAACCAAUGCGGAAAGAGACCCGGACUGCAAGCGAAAAGAUUCACAUCACUGUUGGGGAAUUCAGCAGUCGCUGAAACUGAUCGAAUCAAUGCGGGAUUUCAAAGAAGAAAUGGCAAAUACCACCAAUCGGCGCGAAGUCUGGCAAAAAAUCCACAAAGAUGUGAACAAUAAAGGACUGAUAGUGAGCGUGCAAGAGUGCCAAAACAAAUGGAAGAACCUGAUCCGAAGCUACAAGGAGUGCAGUAAAAUGAAGAACAAAGACAAUAUGCGGUUUCGGUACUACAAGGAAAUGUGCGAUUAUUUUGGAGGCGAGGCGGUUCCGCAUGUGGACCACGACUACAACAAGACUAAACUGACGCUGAGGCCACUGCUGUCCAAAGACUCACCCACAGUAACUUUUCCCCCAAUUUGCUUCACCGACAGACAGUUUAUGGAAUAUACGAACAUGAAGCGCGAAGAGUACGCAGCUCGCCAAAAGAGACACGAAGAAGAGAUACUGUUGCGAAAACAGGAACUGGAAGUGCAGAAGAAGAAACUGGAGGUGAUGAAAAAGGCGGCAAUGGCCAAUCUGCAAGGCACGAAAAGCGUGAAUUUCGGUAAACGAGCUAGAGCUAAUAGUAGUAGUGAUAAUCCUAGCGUUAAGCGGAAACCCAGUGAGAACAUGCAGGUCAUACAGCACCAGCCGAAUCUUGAAAUUUUCACAAAUUUGACUUUUUGAAGACGUUUUUGUUUCUUAUUUUCCUUGCCGUUGGCCGGAUGAGGCGACUAGUUUACUGAUUUCAAUCAUUCGACGCCGAAAAUACGAAAUCGCUGACACAAAUCAACAGAAAAAACCAGCGCUAUGGAACGAAAUCAUGCAAGAAAUGAUCGAUAACGGCUAUCAAGUCACCGUCAAGGAAAUCAAAUCGAAAUGGAGGAACCUGAUCAGAACGUACAACUUGAGGUUGAAAAACCCGCGCCAAAAAGGCUUUAAGUUCAAGUUUUUCAAUGAUAUGUUGUAUUUUUUUAAGGAAACUGAGUCGCUCGGCAUUGACCCUGUAGUUUUCGAAGUUUACGGCCUCGAAUAGUUUCGCUUCUCGUUUCUUUCGAACAUUUUUUUUAUAACAAA